CUUCCUAAAAGUUGAGAAUAUGACAUAUGAAACGACGCUAUUUAACGUCAACGACUAUUAGAGAGAACACGAACUAAAAAAUCUUAUACCAAAGAAAAUGGCUGUGCAAUUAGCAAAUAUGGAAGAAGAAAAAUAUACCGCCGGGAUGAUUCUUAGCGGAGUUGGAGAUGCAUUAGGGUACGGAAGAGGCAAUUGGGAAUUUUGUACGGAUGGGAAUAUUAUUCACGACGAGCUAAAGCGUAUUGGAGGUCUUUCGAAACUGAAAGUUAAUACGAAAGAAUGGAUGGUUAGUGAUGAUACAGUAAUGCAUUUAGCGACAGCAGAAGCCAUAAUUGAACAUAAGCAAAGUGUUGAUAAAUUAAAGUUAUACCAGGAAAUUGCAAAUCAUUACAUUCAUUGCAUGAAUGACAUGGUCGGAAGGGCACCAGGAAUUACGUGUAAAGAAAUGUGCAGAAGUCUUCAACCCGACAAACCUCCUAAUGGAUUGAGAAUUCCUUUUAAUACGAGAGGUGGUGGAUGUGGUGCUGCAAUGAGGUCUAUGUGUAUUGGGUUGAGAUUUCCACACGAUGUGCAAGUCAACGAUUUAGUUGCAAUAAGCAUAGAGUCAGGAAGGCUAACUCACCAUCACCCGACUGGAUACCUUGGCUCGCUGGCAGCAGCUCUAUUCACAACGUACGCUGUUCAGGACAGACCUCUAAAAGAGUGGGGUAAAGGAUUGUUAACAACACUGAAGAUAGCAAAAGAAUAUGUGUCAAACGAUAGAGAAGCCUUACAUGCCGACAGUUACACAAUACAGCAAAAUAUUGAUCACUGGAAUUAUUUUCAAACGAAAUGGGAAUUUUACCUCCGAAUGAGAAAUAUAUCUGACGGACAGUCCGAUCCAAUUUUUUUACCUGACGAAGAACAAGUGAAAAAACGUGACCAUAUGUACCGCAUGCUUAGUUAUGACGACAUCGGCGGAGCAAGUGGUCAUGAUGCACCAAUGAUCGCAUAUGAUGCAUUAUUGGCUUGCAAAGGAAACUGGGAUGAUUUAUGUUAUCGGGCAAUGUUUCAUGGAGGCGACAGUGAUAGCACUGGUGUUAUUGCAGGAUGUCUUUAUGGUGUUUUGUACGGAGUUGAUGUAGUCCACAAGACAAACUAUAAAGGGCUAGAAUAUUUUGACAGAUUAAAAAAUGCUGGCAAAGAAUUGCUCCAUCUUGCAAAAGAGACAAAGGUUAUGGCAAGUACAAUCUAAUUAUAGCCAAACGAUGAUGAGAUGGUGGCACUUUGUGAUAAGGAAUAUGCUACUAAAUUCGUUAUUCCCUGAUUCGUUCUUAGAAGCCGGAACAAAUCCAGACAAAUCGUUGUUGUAUGAGCCGAAUCCCUUCUUUACACACAACUAUUUAUAUACAAAGUCGAGUGGAUAUCAACAAAUAUUCAGAAUCGACAUAUAGAGCUUUUCUCUGUGACUAACAAUAUAAAUGCAUGUAUCUUUUUAAAGAAAUUAUACCAAAAAACUUAAUUCUUGACACUUCAUAAUAUAUUCAUGGUGUACAAAGUGUUUCAUGUUAUAUAAUUAAAUCUUCGUGAUCUUUAAGAAUUUAAUUUCAAUAAAUGUACUUUAUUAGGAUUUUUCAAUUACAAUUUGAUAUUUUUUACUAACAAUUUAAGCAUUUUAAUAACAAGUUACUUUUGCAAACUAAAGACUCUGUUAGUUGUUUUAAUGUUUCUAAGAAAUUGAAU